AUGACCGAUGUUUUCCUUAUCAUUGCUGGCGUGAUCUUCGCCAUUGCCGGUGGUGUUCCUUUCCCGCUACUUGGUAUUGUCUUCGGUGACCUCAUCAACGAUAUGAACUCGACCUCCUGCGCGAGCUCCGACAAUGCUUCUGGCGAACUGUCGUCAAGCGUGAACACGAAGGUGCUGUACGUCAUCUACAUCACAAUCGCCAACUUCUGCUUCAUCUACAUCCAUACUUCCUGCUGGUGUACAGUGAGUGAACGGCUGGCGCGUCGCUACCGUAGGCGAUACUUCGAGAGUAUCAUCAAACAGGAGGCAAACUUCAUUGAAUCUCUUCCGUCGGGUGAUAUCAUAUCCCGUCUGGUCAGUGACAUCGAAGUCGUGCAGUCCGGCACGUCCGAAAAGGUCGGCCUCGUUAUCACAACCAUAUCCUACUUCGUGGCCUCCUACGUUGUUGCCUUUAUCAAGGUCCCCCAGAUUGCUGGAAUGUUGAUAUCUGUCGUCCCUUGCUUCAUGAUAAUGGCGCUGGUUGGGGGUCACUAUAUCAAAAAAUAUGCCGGGCGCAUCGCAGAGAAUGCGAACGCGGCCACGUCCAUCGCCUCUUCCAGUUUGUCCCACUUGACUCUAGUCCACGCCUUCAAUGCCAACGAUCGUCUUGAGUCGCGGUUUGCCACCUACCUCUCCCAAUCGCAUAAGGAUGCGCUCAAGAAGGCCUGCACCCAUGCUGCGCAGCUCGGUUUUCUCUACUUCGUGGCCUAUUCCGCCAACGCCCUGGCCUUCUGGGAAGGUGCGCAGAUGAUCUCUCGCUCCGUCGCCAAUGACAACAACGGAGUUUCGGUUGGUGCUGUUUACACCGUCAUCUUCGUUCUCAUCGAUGCUUCAUUCAUCUUAAGUCAAGUGGCACCUUUCAUCCACGUCUUCGCCUCGGCCGCUGGCGCCUCGGAAAGACUUCUGACUGUUAUUAACCGGCCCUCGGCCAUUGACGGAACGUCCGACGAUGGCGAUAAGUCGGCCACCUUUGGCGAAGAAGAUAUCGAAUUGCAGGACGUUCACUUUACCUAUCCCUCCCGCCCGGACGUUCCGGUGCUGCAAGGAACCAGCUUCGUCAUCCCGCCCAAGAAGCACACGGCCAUCGUUGGGCCUUCCGGUGGCGGCAAGUCGACGGUGGUCUCGCUCCUCGAGCGAUUCUACGAUCCCAAAUCUGGCAAGGUGACCAUCGGCGGCAAGGACUUCCGCGAUCUCAACGUUCGCUAUCUACGAGGUAACAUCGGUUUUGUGCAACAAGAACCAUCGCUCCUAGAUCGAUCUAUCCUAGAAAACAUUGCCUACGGUAUGGUCUCUUCAGCCCAUGAAAGACAUCAGCGCUUGGCCCCGGUCAUUCUGGACUCCAGCUUGGCGGAGCUCGCGGAGGAAAUCAGAAACGGCACGUCGGAGAAGGACGCUCUUACCCACCACGACGCUUCCGUCGCCGAAGUUGUCGAGUUGGUGAAGGAGGCGGCCACCUCGUCUAAUGCGUUGAACUUCAUCGAAGCCCUACCCUACGGACUAGCGACCAGCGUGGGAACGGCAGGAAAUCAACUUAGUGGUGGCCAGAAGCAACGUAUCGCGCUCGCUCGAGCUCUCGUGCGCGAGCCGACUCUGCUCAUCUUGGACGAAGCGACGGCUGCCUUGGACUCGACUAGUGAGCAACUGAUUCAGGCGGCUCUGGCCAAGGUUUCCGAGCGCGUUACCACGGUGUCUAUUGCUCAUCGUCUCGCCACGGCCAAAGACGCCCACAAGAUUGUCGUCGUCCAGAGCGGACGGGUCACGGAAGAAGGUCCCCACGCCGACCUGGUCGCGCAAGGCGGCGUUUAUGCCGAAAUGGUGCGACUGCAGAACCUCGGAAAGUUGAGCGCCGAAGACCUUCAAGGCUCGGAUGAUGCCAUUCGCGUUUCUUCCGACAACCAAUCUGCAUCAGGAAUGUCUAAGCGCACGGAUGAGAAGGAGCCAUACGUUGGGGUUAGCCCAUCGGACGUUACGGAGGACACCGUCGUUGGCGAGACGCCUCCCGGGUCUAAGGACGGCAAAGAUGAGGACAAGAAGAAAAAGAGCAAGCGGUCGACAUGGUUCAGUACCAAGUUCAUCUUCUCUCUUGUCCGGGCAAACCUGCCACUCAUCUUCCUUGGUCUCGGCAUGUCUUGCAUUAUCGGUGGUAGUUAUUCGGCCGAGGCAGUUGUCUUUGGUCACACCGUAGGAAACUUGAGUCCCUGCAGAUCGCCCGGAGACAUCAGCGACAGCGGUAACUUGUACGGGUUGCUGUUCUUCAUCCUUGCCUUGGUCGAAUUAACCGCCAAUGUGGUGGGUGGUGCUGCCUUUGGCUGGGCCGCCGACAAGAUCCUCUACCGUAUCCGAGUUUUGUCUCUACGCUCGUUGCUCAGUCAGACGAUCCAGUGGCACGGCAUGGAGGAUCGCACCCCGGGAACACUGAUCACUUACAUUACUGGCGAUGCGUCGGCGCUGAGCGGAAUCACUGGCUCUACCAUCGGUCUCCUCCUAGCCACGGCUGUGAACCUGGUGGCCGGUCUCGUCAUCUCGUUUGCGAUCGCCUGGAAGAUCACCAUCGUCCUGUUCCCGACUAUCCCCGUGCUACUGGUGGCGGGUAUGAUGAAACUCCGCGUUCAAGCCAAGUUUGCCGAGCGUCACCAGAAGGCCUUCGCGAAGGCCACCGCGAUCACGGUGGAGGCAGUCGACAAUAUCCGCGCGGUCUCCGCCUUCUCCUUGGAGAAGCAGUGUUACGAGGUGUUUGGUCGGGCGCUGAAGCAUCCGUACCGCGAAACGAUGAAGGCCAUCGCGCAUGGCAACGUGUGGCUGGCGCUGGCGUUCAGUAUCAGCAACUUGGUCUACGCGCUUGCGUACUGGUGGGGAUCUCGCCAGAUCGCCUCGGGGCUCUACUCGCAGACGCAAUUCUUCAUUGUCCUGCCCGCCUUGCUGUUCAGUACGCAGUCCUGCGGGCAAAUGUUUGCUCUCGCCCCGGAUAUCUCCAAGGCCAAGGUGGCCUCGUCCAACAUCGUUGAGCUACUGACCACCCGCUCCGCCGAAGAGGAGAUGGCCCCCAACUCGUCGCAAAGCCACCAGCCCUCCGGCAGUCUUCUCGAUGAGAAGGCUGCGGCGCAUGACGUGGAGGCCUCGGACGGGGCCCGGGCGACUCGUUCGCGGGCCUCGGACAGUGCCAUCGGCGCCCAGCUCCGCGGCGUGCACUUCACCUACCCGAACCGGCCGGAACGACCGAUCCUGCGGGGUCUCGACAUCAACAUUCGACCCGGGCAGUUCUGCGCGCUGGUCGGACCUAGCGGAUCGGGCAAAUCGACCACAUUCGCCAUGCUGGAACGGUUCUACCGACCCUCGCUCGGAUCGGUGGUCAUUGACGGCGUGGACGUGACGCGGCAACUGGGAACGGAAUUCCGAGACGACAUCGCGCUGGUGCCGCAGGAGAACGUGCUCUUCGAGGGCACCGUGGCCUUCAACAUCGGACUCGGCGCGUGUCCGGGACACGAGCCCACGAUGGCAGAGAUCGAGGAGGCGUGCAGGAUGGCCAACAUCCACGACGUGAUCGCGGGACUGCCCCAGGGAUACGAGACGAUGUGCAGUCACGACGGCAAGCAGUUCUCCGGCGGACAGCGACAGCGUCUGUCGAUUGCGCGGGCGCUGGUGCGCAAGCCGCGCAUGCUGCUGCUGGACGAAUCGACCAGUGCGCUGGAUGUCGAGUCCGAGAAACGGAUUCAGGAAGCUCUGGCGACGUUGGCCGGCCGCACGACAAUCGUGGCGAUUGCGCAUCGGUUGAACACCAUCCACCGUGCGGACCAGAUCUUCUUGAUUGAAGAGGGUCGGUGUGUGGAGCAGGGGACGCAUCAGGAGUUGAUCCAGCGCAGUGAGACGUACCGAACCAGCGUGAUCCACCAGUCUCUGGAGACAUGA